UAUGCAGAUUGCAUGCGCUAUUGGUAUUGAUAAAGUAGGCUAUGUUAUUAUGGCUAAUGGUGUUUUGGCUGUUAUCGCUUCAUACACUAGUGGUUAUCUAGGAAAAUGGCUACAUCGUGACAUACAAUUUGCUACCUCAUUUGUUAUACUAUUUACGAUGAUGAUUGCUUGGUUCUGUUGGGAACCCCAACCUCAACAUCCUUAUGUGAUUUUCUUCCUCGUUGGUGGGUUAGGUACGUUAGGUCAACACGCCUAUCAUACGCAGCUAAAUGCAUUAAUUGGAAGAAUAUUUAGAGAAGGAGAGACGGCAGCUGCUUUUGCAUCAUCUCACCUCUUUCAGGGCCUAGCUAGUAGUACACUAUAUUUUAUCGCAGGAUGGACAGGUUGUAUUGACAUUCAAUUGUAUUUGACAUCUGCUAUAUUAUUUCUGUCGUGUGCUGCAUACGCCUGGCUAACUAUUGAUAUCCGGCGGAAUGGCUUUAAGAAGCCAAAUGUACAACAAGUAGGAGAAACUGUUCAGGAUAAUGUGAGAGGUGACGAAUCUCUAAUGCGAAAAAGCAUUCUCAAAACAGAACCUAUAUCGGUUGAAAGGUCCAAACUCACAAACACUGAAACUGAAAUAGCUUCGUAA